AUGGCACCAAAGGCACGGCGUCCACAUCGUUCACAUCGCAAGUAUAUAGUAGCUAGGUCAGCUAAGUGGCUCCUCUCGUCACGGUCUUGUCUUCCAGGUGCCUGGGGGCUCGGAGGUGGAAGGGUGGUGCGCGCAGGAGAGCUCAGGCCACAAGCGCCACAAGCUCCCGAUGAAGUCUUCAGUCAGUCUAGUGAUGUCAGGCCUGGCAACAAGCUGAAGAUCUUGCGAUUGGGUGCUGUGCCCGUUCAAGAGAAGCUUCUUUGCACCUGGCUUUUGCUUGCGGCCCACUAUGUUUGUAACAUUUCGUAA